GCCAACUUCAGUUCGGUCGUCUCGAAAACAAAAACGUCAAACUUAACCUCGUAAAACCUCGUAAAUCCCCUCAUAAAACCUCGGAAAUCCUUUUUUUCGACUGAUUGAGUGAAAAUGAGUGAAUCUGCGGGAGGUGCAGAGGCUGCAGAGACGAAUGGAGAUGCAGGACAGUCCUCGUUCAAUGGAGAGACUGAUGAGCAUCUCCAGAAGUCACCAGGAAGUGCAGAAGACAAGGCCCCCGAACGAAUUGGACAAGACUUGGUGUUAGAAAACCCCUCGAAGAAGUCCAUUUCCACCCCAGGGAGUUCAAAUCGUUCAAAAAAAAGGAAGAAAGCCCCGAGGGAUGCAACAGCCCCCAAGCAGCCCCUCACUGGCUACUUCCGAUUCCUGAACGAUCGGCGAGAGAAGGUGAGGGCCGAAAACCCCACCAUGUCCUUUGCGGAGUUGACGAAACUCCUGGCUGCGGAGUGGAGUUCUCUCCCUGUUGAGCAGAAGCAGCAGUACCUUGAUGCUGCUGAGCAGGACAAAGAGAGGUACAACAAGGAAUUCAGUGAUUACAAACAGACUGAGGCUUAUAAAUUAUUCACGGAGAGACAGAGCAACGAGAAAGGCGCAGAGGGGAAGAAGGAGAGGAAUGGAACUGCUGAGAAUAAUGAACCUGUGGAGCCACCAACACCCGAGAAAGACACAGAUUUCUCUGGCUUCGAUAUUCCCAUCUUCACUGAAGAAUUUCUCGAUCACAAUAAAGCCUGCGAAUCUGAGCUGCGUCAGCUCAGAAAAGCCACUUCUGAUCAUGAAGCUCAGAAUGCCGUGCUCCAGCGUCAUGUGGACAGUCUCCAUGCUGCUGUCAAUAGACUAGAGUCUGAGACGAACCAGCAGAGAACAGCCAAUCAAUCGUUACAGCGACAUUUGGAUGCCCUCAGGGGACAGCUGGCUGGAUGUUUUGCUAGUAUUGCACUUCCAGGUACGAAUGAAGGAGCAACACCUCAAAAUAUCGACAACUACGUUGAAAAACUUGAGACUUUACUGAGUGGAAAUGCAGAGCCAUCUCUUCGAAAUGCCCUCCGAUCAGCAGUCUCUCGUCUUGAACUAUUGGGAUGACGUUCACCCCCGGGUGCCACUCCAACAUCACCGCCCAAGCAUCGUUCUCGUCAUUCCCAUCGUAAAUAAUCUCUAUCUUCGAAUUAAUUUUUUAAAAAUCGAAACAUUAUCCACAAUUAUUUCAUUUGUAAAAUCCAGACUCAGAAAAGGUUUUAUUUACAUUAUUACCACCAAGUACUUGUGAUUUACAAGUUGUCAUUCAGACAUUCUCAGUCGACUCAUAUAUUAAUUAAAUUACUUACAUAAACAACUUAAAUUAAUUUAAUACAAACGAAUAAACAAUUUACUAAAGACUAAGAGAAAGCACUCGCAGUUGAAAAUUAAUGUUAUAAUUGGUCAUAAUUGGCAAAUUGUCCUUUAAAGAAUCGAUAAAGGCACAUAAAAAAUUUGG